ACCUUUUGCUAUCGAUGGACGAUGGACAAUGGAAUACAAUUGUACAUAUAUAGAGAGUGACAUGUCGCUGUGAAUUGCCAAUUAUCUGUGUGUUUUCGUCCUAAAUCCGCAAGAUUUGCGCAACAUCAACGCCAACGGGGAUCGGGGGAACAAAACGAUGGAGGCCCACAUGUCCUCCAACUCGAUCGGCGAGCUGAAGAAGCUGUCGGAAGAGUCGCUGCUGCAGCCGCCGGAGAAGGUCUUCGACAUAAAACACAAGCUGGGCGAGGGGAGCUACGGGUCGGUGUACUAUGCGCUCCACAGGGAGAGCAAGUCGAUCGUGGCCAUCAAACUGGUGCCAGUCGAGUCCGAUCUGCACGAGAUCAUUAAAGAGAUAUCCAUUAUGCAACAGUGCGACUCGCCAUACGUGGUCCGCUACUACGGCUCCUACUUCAAGCAGUGUGACCUGUGGAUCUGCAUGGAGUAUUGCGGCGCCGGCAGCGUCUCAGACAUCAUACGGCCGAAAAAGACUCUCACGGAGGACGAGAUCGCCACUAUAAUGUCGGAUACGCUAAAGGGCCUGGUCUACCUGCACCUGCGUCGCAAGAUCCAUCGCGACAUCAAGGCGGCCAACAUCCUGCUUAACACCGAGGGCUAUGCCAAAUUGGCAGACUUCGGAGUCGCCGGUCAGCUCACUGACACGAUGGCCAAGAGGAACACAGUGAUCGGAACGCCCUUCUGGAUGGCUCCCGAGGUCAUUGAGGAGAUUGGCUACGAUUGCGUGGCGGACAUAUGGUCGCUGGGCAUAACAGCUCUGGAAAUGGCCGAAGGAAAGCCCCCCUACGGCGAUAUUCACCCCAUGCGCGCCAUCUUUAUGAUUCCCCAAAAGCCACCACCAUCGUUUCGAGAACCGGAUCGCUGGAGCACCGAGUUUAUCGAUUUUGUCAGCAAGUGCCUGGUAAAGGAGCCCGACGACCGGGCCACAGCCACCGAGUUGCUAGAGCACGUAUUUAUCCGCAAUGCCAAACACCGUUCCAUUCUGAAACCAAUGUUGGAGGAGACCUGUGCCAUUCGCGAGCAGCAAAGGGCCGCCAGCCAGGGCAAAAGUCGGGCCAAUCAAUCAUUGCUGAACAUAAUAGACAAUAUAUCAGAAGAUCCAGGUACUUUGGUGCCAGAGAAGUUCGGGGAAUACCAACAAAGCUCGGCAUCCGAUGCUACAAUGAUUGCGCAUGCGGAGCAGGGCGUGGACGAAGGUACUUUGGGGCCGGGUGGAUUGAGGAACCUGGGCAAGAGUGCGGAUCCUUCGACAGCGGGUGCAGCAACCUCAGCAACAGCAUCUCCUCUGGACGUUCCGGCAGUGGACAGCGGUACAAUGGUUGAACUAGAAUCGAAUUUGGGCACAAUGGUAAUCAACUCUGACUCGGAUGACUCUACAACAGCGAAGCCUAACGACGAUCAGAAGCCGCGCAACCGCUACAGACCACAGUUCUUAGAGCACUUCGAUCGCAAGAACGCAGGGGACGCUCGUGGCGAUGAGAAGUCCAUGGCUACCGAGUACUCUCCAGCGGCAGCCGAGCAGCAGCAACAACAACAUCAGCAGGAGGAACAGCACUUGGCCAGUGGAGCCAACGAUUUAAACAACUGGGAGCACAACAUGGAAAUGCAGUUCCAGCAGAUCUCUGCCAUUAAUCAGUAUGGGUUGCAGCAGCACCAACAGCAGCAGCAAGUUCUUAUGGCCUAUCCUCUGAUGAACGAACAGCUCAUUGCGCUGAACAAUCAGCAAAAUCUGCUUCUCAGCAAUGCAACGCCAAUGAGCCAGCAGGGAAUCCCGGCCGCGGCUGCGGCUCCAGCUCAACCGCCGCCCGCAUAUCAAAAUCAGCAUAUGCACACUCAAUCGCACGCGUAUGUGGAGGGUGAAUUUGAGUUUCUCAAGUUCCUCACCUUCGACGAUCUGAACCAACGGCUGUGCAACAUCGAUCACGAGAUGGAGCUUGAGAUCGAGCAACUAAACAAAAAAUACAAUGCCAAGCGGCAGCCAAUUGUUGACGCCAUGAAUGCGAAGCGCAAACGCCAGCAGAACAUCAAUAAUAAUCUGAUUAAAAUAUAGGUAUAGCAACUCACAAAAUUCGCAUAACAACUGAAAAUUGAAUUUCAACUCACAUAAGGGCCUCUGCAUAGGGUUGAGUUUGCCAAAAACUCAAGACUUACAAUCUGAAUCCUCAAGAAAUUGUUCAUAUAAUAUAUUAUGCAAAUUCAAUCUGGUGGAAAGGCCUUAAACCAAUCACAUGAAAUGACACAAAAGCUUUAUUGUAAAAUGCAGUGAAAACAGGAAUGAAUGUGGUCAGAGAAACCGUUGGCAGAAUCUUCCAGCACGAAUACAUGUGUUCUGUUUGUUCCACUUUUAUUUUCAUCACUUUUCUGUAUCGUUUCGUAUGUUUUAGCUUCCAUUGAUUUAACUUCUAAUAUUGGUUCGAAUAAAAUUUGUAUUGCGUUUAUUGUA